CUUACUGACACUGUUCGAAGUGGGCUGGUGGUGAUUUGCACAAGCUGAUAAUGCUCCCACAAGGAACAGCACUGCUCUGCAGCUGCAGCCAUGGCUCCCAUCCGUCGCUACCUGCGGAUCAGCAAGCAUUUCGUCCUUGAGUGUCGCAUCUUCCUCGAGAACCCUGCCGAUGAACCAAGGUGGCUCUUAAAUGAGAAAGACCCCGCCCUUCCGCGAGUCUUUGAGGCUGUCAAACCCUACGUCCUGCCGAAACUGCGGGAAGAGAAAGAGCGGGCGCGGGGCAAGGGGAAAAAGAAGAAGAGUGUCAAAGAUGUAGUUCAACAAGAUGACUUUGAAGUUUCGAUCUUCCUCACCGAGAUCAGGACCCGCCACUGCCUUCUAGUCAAGGACAAGACAUUCAAGCAAAAAGACCCAAUAAAGAGCAACAAUGGCAACAGGCUGACGGGAGCUGACCAUGACGCUGUAAUGGUCCAGGACGAGAGUGACGAAGACAAUGUCAAUCUCAACGAUAUACCGGCUGCGGAAGACCGAGAAGGGAGUCACACAUCCGCAGGUCGCAAUCUGGACACGGAAGGGGAGGGUGACGAUAAGAAGAAGCUAGGGUUUACCACCACGUACGAGGGAUUCAAUAUUUGGGGCUGGGUGCUGUGUCUCUUUGUUGAGCGCAAAGGUGGUCCUAGCAAGAAAACUUCUGGGCUCCCAGGCAGUUCGCAGGCACUCAUGCAGGACUGGAUCCAAUCAACUCAGGACCAGAAGGACGACGAUUCAUAACGUCCGCCUUCUAGAGAGCAGCGGAGCCUGAUGUACCGUACCCAGAAUGGAAGUUCUUGCACAAGUACCGAGUACCCAUGGCGUCGGCUCGUGGCACCCACGUGGAAAAAUGGUUUGAAGGGUGGUUCUGAGAAGGAUCUCGGGCUUCAGGACCGGCAUCAAGAGAUAGGCUGAUGGCGUUCGCGGAGGUUUCCAUGUCUGUGAAGUCUGGCCAGCCCCUAUCUCGAAUAAUAGCCCCUUUGCCGAGGGCAUCAGGUGCGUUCGGUGCCAAGGGAGUUGGCUGUAAAUCAAUAUUUGAUGCAGAUGGCUCGGAGCCGCGUCGUUCUGGCCACAGUACGGAGUACCUCGCAGCCUGACAAACAGUUUAUUGUUGUCUGUAACCAGAGUCAGGCUACAUGGCGCUAUUCAUCCAACCCGGGAAAUCGAAUGACUGAGUUCAGCUCGGCUACGAAAAUGGGCUGGACACCCUUGGCGACACGAGGCAGGUUUCGAUCGUUCCAAAGGUGCGGCGUCGCAUCAACCAAGUGCCAAGUGUGAUACAAGGAGUUUGGGACGAUUUUGUGGUUCAAGGUCCCACUGGACUGCAG